CCAGCUCCCAUCUUCAUCCCCACCUCACCUGAGCUAGCUUCCAGCUUCAAUAUAAUCAAAUCCAUCCCUACACCAACACCAGCUUCAACCCAAUCCUUGUAGCUUCCUCCUCCUCCUCCACCUUGACCUUGAGAGAGAGAGAGACAGCAAGCGCAACUCCACUCAGGCACUCAGCAAUGAAGAGCAGGAGGCAGAGCGGCCGCGGAGGAGCCAUGGCGGUGGACGGGAGCCACACCCACACCACAAGCAGCGGCUGCAAGAUGGAGCGCAAGGAGGUGGAGAAGAACCGGCGGCUGCACAUGAAGGGACUCUGCCUCAAGCUCUCCUCCCUCGUCCCCUCCUCCUCCUCCUCCGACCACCACCUCCGCCAUUAUUCUUCCUCGCCGCCGUCCAGCAACAAGGACGCGGCGACGCAGCUGGACCAGCUGGACAGCGCCGCGGCCUACAUCAAGCAGCUCCGGGGCCGCAUCCACGACCUGAAACGCCGCAAGCAGGCCGCCCUCUCUCUCUCCGGCGGCACCGGCGGCUGCUCAUCCUCCGUCUCCGCCGGCGACUACAAGGCACACACUACGACGUCGCUGCCGGUGAUCGAGGUUAGGCAUCAGGACGGGACGCUGGACGUGGCGCUGGCGAGCGAGGCCGGGCGUCCCUUCCGGCUGCACGAGGUGAUGGCGAUGCUGGAGCAAGAGGGCGCGGAGGUGGUCAGCGCCAGCUUCUCCGUGGUGGGGGACAAGAUCUUCUACACGCUCCACUCCCAGGCGCUCUGCCCACGCAUCGGUCGGGUCGCCCAGAGGCUGCGCGGCCUCGCCGCCGCAGCCGCAGCCACCGUCUCGACGCUGCUGACAUGAUAUCCUCUCUCUAGCUUUUUUUUGCCAUGGCGACCGUACCGACUUAUCGGAGGCUAGCUGACGCGCGGAUGCAAGGAGGGUGGAUGGAGCUGGUAGAUUGAUUACUGAUUUUGCAGUUGUGCUGCAAGGGGGGUAGUUGAUCUUUUUUUCAUCGAUUGGGGCAGCAAUGUUCUAUGUGAUGUUUGUUUCAGCUUAAAGAGGAUCCUUGUACAA